UGGAAAAUGGCUUAGGCAUCUCGAACAAAGAUCGAGGAUCUGAGAUUACUACCUGUUGGAGCGACCUUGCAACAGGACUCUUUCAGAAGCGACGCCCUAGGAAGGCCAAGCCCUCUUCCUGGAACUCCUGCUAUUCGAAUGCACUUAUAGCAGAGGAUCUAUAGAACAAAUACACCCAAAGUUAUGACGCUGAACGAGAGCGACGCCACUCGUCUGGAGCUGACGCGCAACUUCCUGGAGCUGUCCCGCAACCCGGAGACAUGCACCGCCCUGCGCAGCUCCGACUGCAUCCAGCUGCUGGUGCAGAUCCUGCACGCCAACGACGAGGGACUCGCCACGGCGAGGAAGUACGCCAGCCAGGCGCUGCACAACAUCGUGCACAAUCACCCGGAGGAGAAGGAGCGCCAGCGGGAGGUGAAGAUGCUGCGCCUGCUCGACCAGAUCCUCGACUACUGCAACUUUCUGCGCACCCAGCUGCAGAGCGGUGGCGAGGCCAUUGCGGAUGACGAGGAUCGGCAUCCUCUGGCGGCCAUGAAGCUCCUGAUGAAGGCCAGCUUCGACGAGGAGCACCGCCAGACCAUGUGCGAACUGGGCGCCCUCAAGGCCAUCCCCAAUCUGGUGCAUCUGGAUCAUGCGGUCCAUGGACCCGCCGCCGGCAGGGAGCAGUGCAACGCCCUCAGGAGCUACGGCCUGAUGGCUCUCACGAAUCUCACCUUCGGCGACGAGAAUGUCCACAACAAGUCUUAUUUAUGUGGCCAGCGGCAGUUCAUGGAGGUGGUGAUUGCCCAGCUGAACACGGCUCCGGAUGAACUGCUUCAGGUCCUGGCUGGAGUGCUUCGCAAUCUCUCGUGGCGCGCAGACAAGCAUAUGAAGACCAUAUUCAACGAACUGGGCACCGUGACCUCCUUAGCUCGAGCUGCAAUGCAGAACAAGAGCGAGAACACCCUGAAGGCCAUACUCUCGGCCCUCUGGAAUCUCUCGGCGCACUGCAGCACCAAUAAAGCCGAAUUCUGCGCUGUGGAUGGAGCCUUGGCCUUCCUGGUUGGAAUGCUCAGCUACGAGGGACCGAGUAAAACCCUGAAGAUCAUCGAAAAUGCGGGAGGAAUCUUAAGGAACGUGUCCAGUCACAUUGCAGUUUGUGAACCCUAUCGGCAGAUCCUGCGGCAAUACAAUUGCCUGGCCAUUCUGCUGCAGCAGCUGAAGUCCGAGAGCCUGACGGUAGUGAGCAACUCCUGCGGCACGCUGUGGAACCUCUCGGCGCGCUGUCCCGAGGAUCAGCAGUACCUCAUCGACCACAAUGCCAUUCCACUGCUGCGCGCUUUGAUUAGCUCCAAGAACUCUAUGAUUGCCGAGGGCAGUGCGUCGGCUUUGAAGAAUCUGGUGAACUUUAGGGCCACCCUGGAGCUGAUGCCCAAUGGAGAUGGUGGCUCCCUGCCGCUGGACAAGGAUGCUGGCCAUGGUGGCACUUUGCCACGGAGGUUCAGCUCGCUGCGUCUCAGCUCAAAUCCCACGGGAUCGCUGAAAAAGGUGCGACCCUCCACAGUCAGCACAACUGGCUUUCUGAACAGAAAGUGCGAGAGCCGCGAGUCCAUUUACUCGGGCAAAUCCGACUCUAAAUACUCAACAAAAUCCGAGGGUGCCAAGAAUCCCUUUGAGAUUGUCACACCCACGGAAGAGCAGCCCAUCGACUAUUCCAUGAAGUACAUGGAACACAAACCCAGUAGCAGUAAGACCUUUGAGAUUGACUUGGACCAGCCCACGGAUUUUAGUGCUAGAUAUAAGGAGAGACGAUCCGCGCAGUCGGCACAGCCGGAGAUAAAGACGGAGAGCAAUGAGAUUAGGAGCAAUGACUUGACCAAGUCCUCCUCGGCCACGGAGCUGCGAAAUGGUCCGGUAAAUGUGACGGUUUCAGCAGCCAAGCAGAAACUUUCCACCGAAACGGAAACGGAAACGGCAGAGCGACCGAUCAACUACUGCGAGGAGGGAACCCCUGGCAGCUUCAGUCGCUUCGACUCCCUCAACAGUUUGUCAGAGAAACCAGAAAAGUGUCUGACGCCCAAGACGCCAGCGAAACCGGCAGUUCAGCUGGGGCAACAAAACAUUGACUCCGCGCUGGAAACUCCUCUGAUGUUUUCGCGCCGCAGUUCAAUGGACUCUCUGGUGGGCGACGAUGAGACCAUUGCCUGCGAGGAUAAUGGAUCCGUGAUUAGCGAGUACAGCCGCAUGCAGAGUGGCGUCAUCUCGCCCUCGGAGCUGCCCGAUUCACCCACCCAGAGUAUGCCGCAGUCGCCGAGAAGGGAUCGCAAGUUAUCCACUCAAAAUAACUCGGAGACUCCGGAUCGAAAGGCGGGAAACGUGUUCGAGGACAAGCUCAACAGAUUCCACGUGGAGCACACGCCAGCCGCCUUCUCCUGCGCCACCAGCCUGAGUAAUCUCAGCAUGCUGGAUGACUCCAGGACUCCAGGACAGCGUACAGGUGACAUCAAUGGCAAUGGGGAUGCUCCUCGCAGCUAUUGCACGGAAGACACGCCGGCGCUGCUCUCGAAGGCGCCGAGCAACAGUGAUCUUUCCAUUCUGUCCAUCCCAAACGAUAUGAAUGCCAACGAAGAGCCGCCAGUGCCGGCGCCACGAGCAGAUGUGCCCGGAAUGGUGGACUCUAGGAUUCCAGCAGAGGAUGCCAUCUCAAAAAUGCGCUGUGGCGGCAGUGCGUUGCCCAGUUAUUUGCCAGUGUCGGAUGAGAUGAGCAAGUACUAUGUGGAGGACAGUCCCUGCACGUUCUCCGUCAUCUCCGGGCUUUCCCAUCUCACAGUGGGCUCUUGCACGGCAGGUCCAGUUUCGAAGCUUCCCUUGAGGAAUCCAGAGGAGGCACAGGCACCCAAACUUCCGCCCAGACGGAGUGCCGUUCAAGGGGAAGCAGAACCGCGUUUGCCGCCGAAGAAAAGCGACUCCUUAAGCUCACUCUCCAUUGACUCGGAUGAUGACUGCAAUCUACUCAGUCAGGCCAUUGCGGCGGGAAGCUGUCGACCGCAGCCCAGUGGAGCCAGUACCACCUCCAGUCUGGCCAACGCCAGCACCAGCACUCUUUCCCGGACAAAUGGUCACAAGAAGCAGCCGGAGGAUGGUGAUAAACCGAACUACAGUUCGGAUGACUCGCUGGAUGACGAGGACGAUGAUGCGCGGUCCAAGUCGCUCUUCGAGCAAUGCAUCCUAAGCGGCAUGCACAAGUCUAAUGAUGCCCUGGAGUCGGAGGGCGAGCCGCCGGGGCAGCGGACACAGGACACCAGUGCCCGCGAUCGGUUUGUCAGCAACCAGGUGCGCCAAAUCGAGUCCAUGCUGGCCGGACGUCAGCACUAGAAGCGAAUGGAUGGGGGGUUAAUUGAGAAGCGCAUGCAUUUGUUUGGUGGCUUUUAAUCUUGUAGUCUAUGCAAUAAUAUUCUCACGGUCUCAAUUUUCCUAUAGUUCAGAUUAAAAAUUUGCACUUAAAUUUAA